GGUGGGCCUCUAAGAUCCCAGCAUUCUCUUCGUGCCGCCGCUAACAUGGCGGCGCCCAUCUUGCGGUGCAUUUCCCGUGGCCAGGGGCUUGGUACCCCAGGCCUGUCAGGGGUCUUACCCCUGGGGCUGCGUGAGGCCCACUCGGGCGCUCAGGGGUUCCUGGCGAUGCAGAAGGCUCGGGGUCUGUUCAAGGAGUUCUUCCCUGAGAGAGGUACGAAGACAGAGCUCCCAGAGCUCUUCGACCGUGGUACGGCGGGCAGUUUUCCCCAGACCAUCUACUGCGGCUUCGACCCCACGGCCGACUCGCUUCAUGUGGGGCAUCUGCUGGCGCUGUUGGGCCUGUUUCACUUCCAGCGAGCGGGCCACAACGUGAUCGCCCUGGUGGGCGGCGCCACGGCGCGCCUGGGAGACCCAAGCGGCCGUACCAAGGAGCGCGAGGCGCUGGAAGCAGAGCGCGUGCAAAGCAACGCGCGCGCCCUGCGCCAAGGGCUCAAAACCUUGGCAGCUAAUCACCAGCAGCUCUUCGCUAAUGGGCGGACCUGGGGCAGCUUCACCGUGCUAGACAACUCGGCGUGGUACCAGAAGCAGGACCUGGUGGACUUCCUAGCGGCAGUGGGCGGCCAUUUCCGCAUGGGCACGCUGCUAAGCCGGCUGAGCGUGCAGACUCGGCUCAAGAGCUCCGAAGGCAUGAGUUUGGCCGAGUUUCUAUACCAGGUGCUCCAGGCCUAUGAUUUCUACUACCUGUUCCAGCAUUAUAGAUGCCGGGUCCAGCUGGGUGGAUCUGAUCAGCUGGGCAAUAUCAUGUCCGGAUACGAGUUCAUCCAUAAGUUGACUGGAGAAGAUGUAUUUGGAAUCUCUGUUCCUCUAAUUACAAGUACAACUGGAGCGAAACUGGGAAAGUCUGCUGGCAACGCUGUGUGGCUAAACAGAGAUAAGACAUCUCCUUUUGAAUUGUAUCAGUUUUUUGUCAGGCAGCAAGAUGAUUUGGUAGAAAGGUACCUGAAGCUCUUCACUUUUCUGCCCCUUCCAGAGAUUGACCACAUAAUGCAGCUGCAUGUCAAAGAGCCAGAAAAGCGGUGUCCUCAGAAACGACUUGCUACAGAAGUAACAAAGCUUGUUCAUGGACAAGAAGGGCUGGACUCUGCUAAAAGGUGUACACAAGCCCUUUAUCAUAGCAGCAUAGAGGCACUGGAGGUCAUGUCUGAUCAAGAGUUAAAAGAAUUAUUUAAAGAAGCUUCAUUUUCUGAAUUAGUUCUUGACCCUGGAACAAGUGUCCUAGAUACGUGCCGCAAAGCAAAUGCCAUUCCAGGUGGUCCCCGAGGGUAUCGGAUGAUAACAGAAGGUGGAGUCAGUAUAAAUCACAGACAAGUAACAAAUCCUGAGAGUGUUUUAGUUGUUGGACAACAUAUUCUUAAGAAUGGACUUUCGUUACUUAAAAUAGGAAAAAGGAACUUCUACAUUAUAAAAUGGCUUCAGCUAUGAUGAAAACUUCCAGUCGUUCAAACUUAUCCAUCACUCAUUCUCAAGAUGUACGAAUUUAUACCUUCACUUAUGCAACUCAAAGACAAAGAAUGGAGUGUACUCUAGGCCUCACAGUGUGAGUAAUUUCAUUAUUUGUAUAGGUUGGUUAAGUUUGUGUAAUA